AGUGUGACGCUUGUCUUGCUGUCUUUUUUUCCCUUUUUUAUUUUGUCGCGCCGAAUUUGAUGUAUUUUGGCUUCGCGAGUUUUCUUUUUGGCAAUGGCGUCGAUUGAGGCCCUGGACGCCGGUUCUUUACCGUACCUUGUCAACAAAACCUAUAAACUGUAUCGAUGUUCCCCAUUGUUUGGAUUCGGUGGUUUCGAUCCUCGGAGACGGCGGCGGACGGAAGCGAGUUUGCGUCGCUAUCUCGCUAUCCACAUGAAUUUGCACAAUAGUGACGAACCCGAUCCCCCCGCGCAAGCAUUUGGCCGUUCGCAAGUUCGAGGCGAAUUAACCAAAGUCGAAAUACAAACCAUGACAAUCCCGGAAUGGCCAUUAGUGAGACCGCAAUGGAAGCCGCUCGAUAUUUCGAUUACCAUCCAACUAAAAGGAAAACCUACGCCAAAUACACACAACGUGCUCAUGUUUCCCGCGAUCACACCAGGGAAAGCCCAACUGCCAGAUGAAUUCGCUUGUUAUCCGCUCGUGUUGAUGAAAACCACUCACGGUGUCGGGGAGUUCGUGGGAACUUGGUUAUGCAAGUGCUUUGACAGUUACCUGGGACCGCUGCAUAUCUCGAAUAAAACGUUUGAAACCCUGGUGGAAGCAUGGACGCACGGAUUGUAUGAUUCUCUGGAAACAGCAGACCUUGUGGAAGCAACAAUACCCUCUCGACCGUAUAACUAUCAAUCGUUGGAGUUGACCUACAGUGUUCCUAAUCUGGAAGAAAUAACUGCUAUUUCUGUUAGUAUUCGUAAGGAGGAAUUGAUGAAAAUCGUUGGAAUAAUACGCGCCAAUCGAAUGACGACCAUGCAAGCAAUUCAUCACUACGUCUUUCGCAAUACUCGAUUAAACAUAUCGAGUUUGGUUCUCACUCGUAUAGGCACGCCUGUAGCUUAUCUAUCAACGGACGGAAAAUUAAAGGUAAAUUAAAAGAAAAAAGCAUUGCAAGUUGAAAAUCCCUCUGCAUAGGAUCGACUGAUUCGAUGGGAUUAUGGUCUUUGUCCUAGCUUAUUCCUCGUUCCUCCAAGGCGCAGAUUCUUAAAAUUCUAGAAGAAUUGACACUCGUAGCCAGCGAAUCUCUCAUGUAAAUAAUAGCAUUUUCAACAUUACAUCCUCAUAUUCCUCAUAAAAAUAUUUUUUUUUCCUCCA